CUGAGUCCCUCUACUCCCACCACUCUACCAUAUCUCACAAGUUUCUCUCUCUAGAAUAUCACACCAACUUCUCUUUCUCUCUCUCUCUAACACACCACACCUCUCUCUCUCUCCAUUCAUAUCACACCAGUCUUUUCUCUAUCCCUAUAUCACAUUGGUUUCUCUCUCUAAUAUAUCAGACCACACUCGAACCACUAUUCUCUCUCUCUAACCAACCAACUAUUCAUUUUCUCUGAUCGCCGGAAAAUAUGUCGAGUGAGACUGAAGUGAGAGAGCAGCCACCAGAAACCGUGGCCGCAAAAGACUACACUGAACCUCCUCCAGCACCUUUGAUAGACAUUGAGGAGCUUGGGAAGUGGUCUUUGUAUAGGGCUCUGAUAGCAGAGUUUGUAGCAACGCUGCUCUUCCUGUAUGUGACUGUGGCGACGGGUAUCGGAUACAUGAGGGUGUCGGAAGACGACAAGUGCGCUGGGGUCGGGACACUCGGUAUCGCAUGGGCCUUCGGGGGGAUGAUCUUUAUCCUUGUUUACUGCACUGCUGGGAUAUCAGGUGGUCACAUUAACCCUGCAGUCACCUUCGGCCUCUUUCUCACUCGAAAAGUAUCACUCAUCAGAGCCAUACUGUACAUGGUGGCUCAGUGUCUAGGAGCCAUGUGUGGAGUAGGAUUGGUGAAGGGCUUUCAAAAGUCAUUCUAUGAUAAAUAUGGCGGCGGCGCCAAUGGGCUCGCAAUCGGCUACAACACGGGCGUCGGCCUUGGUGCCGAGAUCAUAGGGACCUUCGUUCUUGUCUACACAGUUUUCUCUGCAACUGAUCCCAAACGCAACGCUAGGGACUCUCAUGUGCCGGUACUUGCCCCCCUUCCAAUAGGAUUCGCAGUAUUUAUGGUCCAUCUUGCUACAAUCCCCAUUACAGGCACAGGCAUCAACCCUGCAAGAAGCCUAGGAGCUGCUGUCAUUUAUAACAAAGACAAGGCUUGGGAUGACCAAUGGAUCUUUUGGGUGGGGCCAUUUAUUGGUGCUGCCAUUGCUGCAGCAUACUACCAAUAUGUCCUAAGAGCAUCCGCUAUCAAGGCCCUAGGCUCUUUUAAGAGCACCACAAAUGCCUAGAAGAUGCAAGAAAGAAACCCCAACCCUUAAUUGAGGGAUCAUGUACGAGGGGCUUUUUUCUCAGUCUUUGUCAUCUCAUUGGAGUGGACAUAGGAAUCCUUAAAAAGAGUGUGGCCAUGUACCUUACUAUGUGUAUGUGUAUGUGUGACUUUCUUACUUUUUAUCAUUGCAUCUUUUGUUUUUCCUAAA